CUGGAAAGGGAGGUUCUAGAAGCCAAAAUGACAAACAGGAAUGUAGAGAGUGAAGGUAAAAGAUGCCCACCUUCAUACGCUAAUUCUUCCCAUUCAAGCCAAAAUUAUUCGGAUCUUGGAAGUUCUCUUAUAAAGCCUAUUUCAAAACUUGAGAAGGAAAUUGAAGAAGCAAAAAAGCACUCAAACUCAUUAGUUGGAAGCAUUAUGUGUAAGCCUUCACAUAGAAAACAAGAUUUAAUGGAUGAGAUUCCCAGCCUAGACAAGUUCCUAGUGAAGCAUAUGUCAAAACUUGAAAAAGAAGUGCAAGAAGCAAAAAACAGAAAUAAGAACAUUGACUCUUCUUCUGCAUGUGGUAGAGGUGAAGGAGUGGGGAAAGAAAACAUUGAUCAAAACAAGAACAUAGUAGAUGCAGAAGUUGAGGGAAGUAGUAAAGUGUCCCUGGACAAGGUUUUAGUGAAACCAAUUCAUCGUUUGGAGAAGAUGAAAAUGCAAGAUGAAUCUUCUUCAUCAAUAGCUGGUGGUGUCCCGGUGAGAUCUCAGAGGAGAAAGGUCAAUUGUGAUGAUGACAAUGGACUGGAUAAAAUACUUGUGAAGCAUGUGUCCAAGUUGGAGAAGGCGAAGAUGGCGGUAACGCAAGAAGUAGUAGAGAAGGAAAAGGUUACAAGUGUGAGUAGGAAGGGAGCGGUACUGAGCAAUGAAGAAGCUAGUAGUUUGGGUCAGGUGUUGGUGAGGAGUGAUAAUAAAUGUAGUAGUAAAUUAGAGGGGGGAAAGAUAGAAGAAGACGAACAAGGAGAUGGUGAGCAGAUUAUCAGUAGUAGGCAUUCGGUUUCUAGGAGAGAAGCCAGGGAGAAAGAGAUGCAGCAAGCAUGGGGAGGAUUAAGCCUUGGUAAUUCCAUCCGUCCUCAUCUCUCCAGGCUUCAGAGGGAUAAGGCUGCUUGGAUGGAAGCUGAAGAAAAAGAAAGGAGAAAAGCAGCCUCAGAGGUGUGAAAAUUAAAUGAAAGCUCAUUUGACUUUUAGGAUGCAUAGUUGAGGUGUGAAGGUUUACCCAUGUUUGAUCGCCUCUGGUCCAGCAGAUUACUAACUCCGUCUACAUUCACAAUGAGAAGAAGAUGAUUGGACAUUGUCAUUUACUCUAUUCUACAGUGUAUUUUUUUUUGGUAAAAAGAAAUAUGUUAAAGUUUUACCUUCCACACUAGGAUAAAAG